CGCUCCUUCAAUCUGCGCUAGGGGGCGCUACUCUGUGAAAAAUGGCUGCCUCCAUCCUCAGACGCUGCUUAACAACCGGCAUCUGUCAAAGGCUUGCAGCGACAGCCACCAGGGGUAUCCACAGGACUGUUCCAGCUAUGGCUGUGAUUGACGAUAAAUUCAGUCAAGCUAAAGACAGACUCAAUACCUUUAAGGAAGACCCUGGCAAUGCCACCAAACUACAGAUGUAUGCACUCUUCAAACAGGCAACCAUAGGGAAGUGCAAUGCUCCUAAGCCUGGAAUGAUGGACUUUGUUGGAAAAGCAAAGUGGGAUGCAUGGAAUGGUCUUGCGGAAAUGACACAGGAUCAGGCAAAACAAAAAUAUGUUGACAUUGUUGAUGAGUUAGCUGGGAAGGAAACACCAGCAUCAUCGCCCCCAAGUGGAGAGAAAGCUCCAGCAUCAAAGUUUGAGACCAUCGACGUAACCAAUACUGAUGGAGUAUGUAAAAUCAUGCUCAACAGACCAGAGAAGAAAAAUGCUCUCAAUUUCCAGAUGUAUGAAGAAAUCGGCAAUGCCCUGAAUGAGGCUGGACAGGAUGACAGUGUAGUGUUGGCUGUGCUCACAGGCGCUGGAGACUAUUACUGUAGUGGAAAUGAUCUGGGAAACUUCAUGAACAUUCCACCUGAUGGUGUAGCAAAGAUGGCAGAGGAAGGUGGCGUAAUUUUAGAGAAAUUUGUGAGGUCAUUCAUAGACUUCCCAAAGCCCCUGAUAAGCCUCAUCAAUGGGCCAGCUGUGGGUGUGUCGGUGACUGUGCUUGGACUGUUUGAUGCUGUGUAUGCCACAGAUAAGGCAACAUUUCACACACCCUUCACUUCAUUGGGACAAUCACCAGAGGGUUGCUCUUCCUACACCUUCCCAAGGUUAAUGGGUACCGCCAAGGCAAGCGAAUUGCUGCUUUUCAACAGGAAGAUAACGGCAGUAGAGGCCAUGGAAAGGAACCUUGUCACAGAGGUGUUUCCUGACCACGCCUUCAAACAGGAGGCCACAGCAAGGGUGGAAAAGUUUGCAAAACUUCCUAAAAAUAGUCUGCAGAAGUCUCGGAACCUUACACGAGACCAGCUGCGAGAGACGCUCCACCGUGUAAACAAGCAGGAGUGUGAUGUCCUCGUGGAGAGAUGGCAGUCCGAGGAGUGUCUGAUGGCCAUCAUGAACUUCUUCACUGCUAAAGGAUCCAAACUGUAGUCACACAACACAUUUCAUAACAUAAAUUAUUUAUAAGUUACAGAGAAUAAGAACUUCAAAGCAUUUGAACAGGUUUGUGUAUAUACAUCCAGAACAUUUUAUGGGUCAAAUUGUGAUACAUAAGGGUGACUGAUUUUUGUGGGUUUUGUUUCAAUUACAGUAAUACCAGUAUUUUAUGACAAUAGGGCCUGCAACAUGUUUAAAGGUUGUUAUAGGUGAAAAUAUAACACAGAAGGUUGACAGAAUGUGAUGCAAGGAACAAAAUUGUUAUCUUUUGUGUGGUUUUGGUAAUGUACACAAAAUUGGCCUGCAUCAUCUUCAGAGGUUGUUUGUAGUGAUACCAUGACUACAAUGGUCCCCACUUAUGAUAUGUACUAGUUUUUACAUUGCCCAGGUAGGUUGUUGAUUUAUCAGCAUCUCUGGAAAUGUGAAAGAUAGUUUGAGCAAGAACUUGUUAUUCAACUAUAGCAUCCAAACUCAAUAAAGAUUGUAUAUUUAUUGAUCUAUAAUGCAUAUUGUUUAAAUAUGCUUAUAUUCAGUGUAAUUAGAAUGACUACAAGUCAAGUCUCACAUCAGAUUUUUGAUCUUUUGGGGCAAAACCUCUAUGACCUAUUGAAGUAUAUAAUGUGGUAAUAUAUAAUUGUUAUAGAAAUACUCUACAUUGCACAUCAAAAGAAGGGAAAGGUUGCUCUCCGGAUUUACCUUCCUUUUUAAAAUCUUAAAUUCUUGUAAUUUCUAGUAUUUGAAAGUUCAAAAUUGUAUAAGUGAGCUGUGACAGUUGGGAAGUUGUUUGAUAUAAUUACUUUACAUUUUCCGGUGUAAUAUGCAUGCUGUUUGAACAAGUUGGACUUUUAUAAAUAAAAUUUCAUAAAUACUUUCAUUAAAUGAUCAUCAUUUAAUGGUAAUGAUCAAUACUUAAUGGUAGAGCUUCAUUUAAAUAAAGUGCUAUAUAUUUUAUAAA